AUGUUGAAGGACUUUUUAAUAUUUGGAAAGCUCUUGGCUGACCCGUGGAACCGUGUACAUUGCUUCGACAAGUCUUUGUUGGUCUUGAUUGAGUUUUGCCAAGUAAGUCGAAUAAUAUCGUUUUACUUUUAUUUAGAUCCAAGGCCCCAAGCCCCUUCUUCAUUACCCACAAGAUGUAGGUCCGCACUUGAAUUUGGACCAGGUUGCAAUCUGGUUGAUGAGCUCGGAGAAUGUUCACGGAACUCAGACAUUGCUUUACAAUCAGAUCAUGGAUCUUUAUGCUGUAGUUCAGCAUGUGACAUUGUUAGAUAUAACUGCUAGAGCAUUCCAGGUAAUUUUAAAAUUAGAUCUGUAUGUUUGUGUUUAGAGACCAGCAGCUCUGGCUUGCAUUUCAACUGAAAAACCGAGCUUUGAAUUGAGGAAGGAGUUCUAUUCUCUUGUCAAUGACCUUUUUCGACCACUUCUGGCUUGCAAUCGACAGAUAUUUAGGGCUUAUGGAGAAACUAUGGUAGAUGUUGCUAACGAAAUUCAACAUGAAAGAUUAAACUCAUAUUAUUCCCUUGCUAGUACACAUACUUUUUCUCCGACAGGCAACAAAAAGCUAAAGGUAAGACUUGUUAAUAAGUUUGACUAAACAUUUUAAGACAAAGUUAAUACAUACUGUACUUCUCACCUCAGCUUUUAAAUAAUGCUUUAGCAAGUGGCGAAGCAGUUGAAGAAUCUACUAGACUAUCGACCUCGUGAAGAAACAGAAAACUCUGUGAAACCUUUGAACUUACAGUUUCUGGAAAUGUUUCGACUUGUCUCAUGUUAUCCAUCAUUUUGCAAUUGUGGACACGAUCCCAACGACUUUCAGAAACUUUUAGAGAUUAUAAACGAGCCGUUGUCAUCAGAGCUGAUACCUUUCUUAAGUUUGGCACCAUGUGUAAGUUUAUGAAGCGUUGUGGUUAACUUCAUUCAUAUUGCUUACUUGAAUAUAACACAUACAUACUAAGGAUAUACAUUUUGCGAAUGGAUUUGGUAAAGUAAAGCUUGUUUAGAGUGGCGACAAGUUUAAAUCAGAUUUUUGUGAAGUUUUUGACAAGUUAGUUCGAGGACACAAGGAUUCUGGAGUCUUAUUUUCUGGAGGUCAAACAGUGUUGUCAACCUUCAGCGAAGGGGGUUAUCGAGAAGAUGCCAAAACAGAAGACACGAGCCAAGAACUGAGUCUAAGUGGGGUUGUAGAUGUCAUCAAGAUAAGUCGACAGUUUCCGAAUGAGAACUCACUCAGAUGUCUGGGGGCUGGAUUGAUUCAAGUAUGGUGAAUUUAGAUAUUCUGCUUUUUGUUGGUUGAUUAGUUUUUUUAAAGUAUGCGACACGUUUUGUCAGUUUUUUGUCUACUAUCAAUAUCUUUUAGUGCUUGUAUCCACUGUUAUCCGGUGAAAAGAUGGCGUUGAUAGCAUCUGAACAACGAUUGUCUACAGGAAUCGACUUGCUUCAGAAGUUGGGUUCCUUGAAGAUUAGUAGAGUGUUUGAGAAUGCAGAAUGGAGUAAAGGGUUCAGUGAGCAGGAAGAAGGGUGUGUGGCUUUGGCGUUAUUUAAAAGUUUUAAAAUUAUAAUAAGCUAAAUAUGAAUGGAUAUUUUAGGUAUUUGAGUCAGCUUCGUGGGUUUACUGUAACUCGCAACGAAACGGACAAGUUUAUGGAGAAAACGCAAAGGAAGGUGGUGAUAGACCUGAACAACCAGAAGCUGUACUCUCAGUUUUAUGACGGUACUUUCUUGCAGUCUCUUCUGUUGGCCAAGUCUUUUCCAUCUGAUCAGGCACUUAUAUUGUACAUAAUAUUUGUGCUGUCGGAUUUGUGUUUCUACGCUCAGAUAGCUAAAAGGAUAUCAUUGAAGGACAUGGAGAAGAAGUUGAAGAUCAAAGAGCAGGAUGUCUUGAUCAUAGCCAAUAUCUUGGCAGAGUAUGACAUGGAGAGGUUUUUGACGAUGCGAAUCGAUGUGGGCAAUAGAAUCAAGAAGAAGAUACGGAAGAUGCGGUUUUAA